GCCUAUAAAGCACUCAAUGCUUGUAUCUGAACAACAUCUCAUCUCGCUCACAUUUGGUAUGGGCUCCUUUUGGUCCUUAUGCUCGGCCUCCUUUUGGUCCUUCUCUUGGCCCUGCUGUUGCCCAAAGAAGGCUUCGCCGCCAACGCCACCGCCACUUUCUCAGCUGCCUCCCGCUCAGUCGCCACCUGCUCAGCCGCCACUGCCACCUGACCAGUCGCCACCUCCUUUGCCGCCAUCUCCCUUGCCCUCACCUGCUCAGCAGUCAGGUCAGAUGUCGCCUGUUGUUUUGGUGCCGUCAUCUCAGAUGUCCACGGAGGAAAACUCUUUCAGCCUUUUUCAAACCAUCAACAAUGCCACCGACGUUGACUAUUUGAUCCAACUCAUCGACGAGUUCUCAGACAGGUCAAAACAAGAAGAGGCGGUGGAGGAAAGCACUAGUUUAGAAACCCUUUCUGAUACACUGAAGGAUAGAGCAAAAUCAGUAUGGAGUUCCUUUAUCCAAAGUGGCUGUGAAUUCCUUGAAUUUGUGAAUAAACAUAUUCAGUUGACGAAGGGAGACGAAGGAACCAGAGAAGCUGUAGCACAAAUAUUGCAAAAAGUGGAGAAGGCGCACCGGAUGGCUGGAGGAUUAGCUCUUGUAGUUUUCUUGCUAGACCAGAUUGAUCAGAUCUCUGAAAACCGGAGUGAAUGCAUACAACUCGUUAGGCAAAUGGCUAAGCUUGCUGGGCAUAUAAGAAAGUUGAAGUAUGAUAUGCCCCAAGAAGAAGAUAUAUUGAAUGAAGCUGUUUUAUUGGUUGUUGAAGGAUCCAUAAUGUGCGCUUCACAAUUAAGAUCUAGAACACUUUUCCGCAGGUGUAUGAAAGCUUCUGUGAACUACGAAAGCUUGGGCGCUGUACAAUUGAAAAUAAAUCAGCUGUAUCAAGAUCUUACAUUCCGAGCAGUAAAAGAUAUACAACAACAGCAGUCUGUGACUUUCCCUCCAUGGAAGCCUAUUUAUCCAUAUCAUGCGGUUCGCAUCGAAGAGCAGAAGAAACAAGUUAAAAAGUUGCUGGACAUGGAAACAGAAAACAACUCCUCAUUGGCGGUAGUUAUUUACGGAUUUGGGGGCAUAGGAAAGACCACUCUGGCCACCGCUGUUAUAGCUGAAUUAGAUCUCGCAAACUACAACUAUUCGGGAGUUCAAAUGAAAGAAGACCGCCCCAGUAAUUACAUAAAGUGUAUGCAGGAGCAAAUAUUGAAAGAUGCCUUCCCAGCAUAUACUUAUGACAGGAAUGUAACAUUGAGAAAUAGCGCAGAGGGUCGGGAUCAUCUCACCAGCGCUUUCCAAGCCCAAGGAAACAAGCCAGUUUUUCUGUUUAUUGACAACGCUCUUCGCACAGAAGACUUGCAAGAGCUUUUCCCAAAACGCUUAUCAGGCCUUCCGAAGCGGAGCAGAAUAGUGCUCACAACUCGAAAUUUGGGUGUCACGGAUAUGCUUAAGGACGCCGGCCUUACACGUCGUGAGCAUAUUGUGGAUACUCUACCCGACCAAGAAGCGAUCGAAAUUUUGCUAAAAGAUGAUCUUCAUAAUACAAUCAACAGGGACACAGAUGACAUGCGAAAAAUCCUGCGGAUUUGUGCUGGGAUUCCGUUAGUUUUGGAAAUUGUUGGAUCUCGCUUGAGUAAGCAGAACUUCAUGGUAGAGAGAUGUACACAAAUAUUUGAAGCUUUGGAGAGAGGAAAGGAUGUCAUUGAAGAAAAUCUGAGCAAACGUCUUUUCACUAAUGUGUAUAAUGAGUUGGAAACAUCUACGCAAGAAGCGUUUUUGGAUAUUUGCUGCUUCUUUGCUAGCUGGAGUCGCCACGAUGUGGAGUGUAUUGUUGGAGCAGAGGAGGUCACACAUCUUGAAGAGGCGGCUUUGUUUAAGACGUCCGACAAAGGCAAACUGGUUGUUCUAGAUAUCUUCCGAGCAAAAGGGAUGAGUAUGUCUGAAUCCAAAAGAAUUACAGAUAUUCAAUCCUGGGUCGAUGUUGUACGCGAGAAUCAGAGGCUCGAUCAAAUUAGAGGACUUUGGCUUGAGAGGGAUGAGACUGACGCUGUGUAUGAACUUCAUGAGAAUCACAUUCUGUCAAUGAAAAAAUCGUUGAGAGUUCUGGCGUUGGGGAACAAGAUAAAUGUAUCACCAUCAGGCCGAAAGACACCCAAAUUUAAAGAACUGAGAUUUCUGCGACUAGGUGGCGACAUCUCCGGUUUAUGGCCAGUUAAUUUGGAGUGUCUGGAACGGUUGGCUGUGUUCCAUGGCCCUGUCUUUAAGGAUGGUGUGACUUUGUAUCGGUUACCCAAGAGGCUACGCGUUAUGAAAGCCACUGCACAUUCUCAGGAAUCUGCAAAUUUGCAGGAGUCCAAGCCUGCAAACGUCAUCCAAAAUUCUUCCUUGGAGGAAUUAGAUUUAAAAGAAAUGAGAACUCUCCAGAUAUUGCCCAAGAGGCUUGAUCACUUAACUGGCCUCAAGGUUUUGAUAUUAGAUGAAUGGGAUAAAAUGCACGAGCUGUCCGAGCAGGUAUGUGAACUGCGUUCAUUAUGUAAAUUGAGUAUCAGUGGUGGAAAUUCUUUGAAGAAUCUGCCAAAAUUGUUUGGGCAAUUAAGUUGUUUAGAAGAGUUGAUCUUAACAAGUUGCAAACAACUGGAUGUAUUGCCCUCAACUUUUGGAGACUUGAGUUCUCUGAAACAUUUGAAUCUAGCAGAGUGUGUUAACAUAAAAGAACUUCCAUCAAGCUUUGGGAGAUUAACCUCAUUGGAGGUUUUAAAUUUAGAAAGCUGCUGGAAAUUGGAAGCCUUGCCUUCUAGCUUCGGUCAAUUGCAUAGGUUAAAGAAGUUGAGCCUGCAGUCAAAUGAUCUGGAAGAAUUGCCUUCUAGCUUUGGGGAACUCACCGCUUUAGCAGAGCUGCGGUGCAAUUGUCUGGAACUGAAGCAAUUGCCUGAUAGCUUUGGGCAGCUUAUUUCCUUGACACAUUUAGAUUUAAGUAGUUGUAUGAAAUUGAAAUCCUUGCCAUCCAGCGUAGGAGAACUUAGGUCACUAAAAUAUUUCAACUUAUCGUCUUGCUCUAAGUUAGAAGAAUUACCUCCGAACAUUGAUGAUCUUCAAUGUUUAACACAACUCGAAUUAAAACUAUGUAACAGCCUGAAGGAAUCUCCUAUAUUUUCUUUUCUGAGGGAAAGAAAUCAGGGGUUAACAAUUUGGCUUCCGGAUCAGCUGAAGGACAAGGAAUCCUUCUCUUCUAAUCAGAGGUCUCAAUAGUUCAAGCGCUAAUAUUCUCUUUAUCCUGUAUCGGGAGGGCAAGGAUAUGUAUGUGUAUCAUAUUGUCAGAGUUUGAGAGAAUGUCUUAUAAUAAUAAUAACAGCUCUUAUCGAUUUGGCUUCCGAAUAGCUACAGGACGAGUCGUCUUCCAAAUUUUGGUCUCAACGGUUGAGUGUCUUUAUGUGAUGUCAGCCACUGUUUUAGUUAUAUAAGUAUUUAUUCAAAUAAAAGCAAUAUACUGAAACUUUUUUAGUUGCAACUACAAUAUCAAAUGUUUGAUGAUAAUAUAUUUCAAAUGGUUUUAUAAUA